UCUUCUGUUCCGAAGAAAGCCUGGCCUUCUUCCUUCUGCUCCUCUCCCUGCCAUUAACUGCGCCUUCGCUCGAUACUCUCUCCGUGAUCCCCCUUUCGAACGGGUUUCCAAUCCCGCCGCCAAUGGCGAGGCUUCAGCGCCUCUAUGACAACCUAGACGCCUCCCCCGGAGACGCCUCCCGCUGCCGCCGCAGCGACGGCCGCAUAUGGCGCUUCCACAAGCGCGCCAUGGACGGCCUCGUCUUCUGCGAGUGCCACUACAUCCAGACCCGGGCCAACAUCGAAAAGCACAAGGCCUCCGCGCGGAAAUCCAACCGAAGCGCGCUAAGCAGCAGGAACGCUCCGUGGAGUCGAUCGCCCUCGAGCGGCGGGUGAAGCGGGAGGAGGAGAGUGGGGAGGGGGAGGCCGGGACCACGAGGGCUCUUCCCAAUGGAUUGAUGACCAUCGCGACAGCGCCUCCCGUUGGCGGUUGUCGCGACGAGGGCGGCACCGUAGAUCGGAGGGUAGGGUUUGAGGAGGGCUGCUUGCUCACCAGGCGGUAUAUUCGGUCCAAGAACGCGAAGCCGAUUCUCGUUGCGUCAAUAAAGUUUUGAGCUUUUUUGGUUAAGCUCCCUUCUAAUUUUGUUGGCCCAUUCUCUACUAUGCGUCUUGUGUUCCUGUCUGGCUCUCACAUUAUUCUGCUCUUCCCUUCUUCUUCGGUUAUGUGGAUUUCAGAAAAUACCUUGUGGAAGGGGUUCGGCUAUGGGAAGGAAGAGGGCCUGCCACAGUUGUAAGGUGAGGAAAGUGGUGAACAUGGUCCGGUGUUUGAGCUGUAGGAAGAGGUUCUUUUGCUCUUGUUGCAUAGAGAAAGGGUAUUCUCCUCGUUCACUUGCUUCUGUGUAUUCUUGGAUCCCACAUUAGCUAAUGUGCAUCCAAUGCCUUUCCAUUUUGUUGUUUUUUUUCCCUUUGUGUAUCAAAAGGUUCUUCUUUGACAAAGUUCUAUAUUGGCAUAGUAGUUCAAUGUGCUUAAAAUGUGAGGAAAUAUUGGUGGGAACACCCUUUCCUUUUUUUUUUCCCUAAUCCAAUUCAAUAUAAGAAAAUGGAAGACUUCAUGUUAAGGAUGACCUGGCACAUCACUCUUUCAGCUACAAGCAAAAUGCAUGCUAUCCCUGCUAUAUUGGGUACUUACUGGAGCUUUUACUUUUACGUGGUAGAACGUGUUAAAGGCUUGUAAUCUGUGUUGUUAUAGUCUCAUAGACUCAAGGUUUUGGUCUGGAUAACAGUGAGUAUCAAAUAAUUGGCUCAUCUUAGUGCACCUUGCCAACCGGAGAAUCUCAAUUGGACUCUUGGAUUGUCUAAUAUUUUUUCUGUAUGAUUAUUUUGUUAAGCUAACUUUGUUACUUUCUAGAGGAGCUUGUAUCCGUGUUGUUAUAGACUCGAGGUUUUGGUCUGGAUAGUGGUGACUAUCAAAUAAUUGGCACAUCUUAGUGCACCUUGCUGACUGGAGAAUCUUUAUUGGACUCUUGGAUUGUCUAAUAUUUUUCUGUAUUAUUAUUUUGUUAAGCUUUACUUCUUAAAGGAGCUUUUAGCAAUCAGUGAAUAGUUACACCCAUAAUAAUUUUUGUUGGUUUAUAAUUCUGUGUUGGAAUCAGACUUAGGUGGUAGUGGGACAUGUUAUUGAUAAUUUGAUACUGAAGUUAUGCUGGCAAAAGCUAAGCUUCUGCAAUUGUUAUGCUGGAACUGAAAGGUACUGUGAAUUUUCAAAUGAUAACCAUUCAUCACAAUUUCCUAGGCAAAAGCUUCUUUCCUAACAUCAGCCAAUAGCAGAAUGUGUGGGUCUUAAAUGCUAUUACCUAAUUUACUUAACCUAAAUGGUUUUUUCACUGAAAGAUACUUUGUUGGAUUAAGUUUUCAUGUUCUUUUAUAUUCAUUAGUGGUGGGAAUGAGAAGUUCUAAUCCAAAUGGGCUAUCACUAUGGAGGCUUUCUUAGACGCACUUUGUUUAAUAUUUUCUCUAGGACUUCUUAGAUCAAAUUGGCUUUCUUGCAGGAUGAGUCCAACUGAAUGUUAGGUUUGCAGUAAUCUUGUGUUUUAAUGUGGCUUUUUCUAUAACUUAGUCUUGACUAGGUCUGAUAUUAGUGAAUUACUUUUGUCUUAUAGAUAAGAGUUUUGUUGUGUGUUUGAGAAGAUUGCCUUUUGUUAUUUCAGUAAGAAAUUCAUUGUGGUUUAGCUAGAUUACUGUUCUUCCUAGUUCGGUAAGCAGGCAAAGAGAAUGCAGUUGCUUCUUUGCUAAGUUCUAUGGUUGAGAGAAGUGAAAUAACAUGUCUGAUAAUGUAAAUACAGUGACAAGUAAUAUCCUUUGUAUAGUUUGCUUAGCUUGUUAAAUUUUUUGUAAAAUCAUUAAAUGCUUCUUGAACCUCUCCAUUCUUGUUAUAUUCACAUAUAACAGCUUGAUCUAUAAUUUUGUUUCUAUGUCCACCCUUUAGCUGUCAAAUUCUAAAUGUCCUGCAUUAUCUACAGUAAGAAAAUUGGACUAUGUUGGCAACACACUUUCUUUGACUUUCCUGCUAUUGUGAAAAUAGGACAACUGACGCAAGUCACAUAUCCUUUUUAAAUAUCCUUUUUAAAUAUCCAGUGAUAUUGGACUUUGUAGUUUGAAAAAAUUACAAUUACUUAUGUUUCUCUGAUUUAGUUUGUUUUUGUCAAGGUAUUCUGGUAUGCUUGAAUAGGAGGUAAAGAUUUCCUGCCGUGUUUGCCGUGGGUGUUGUGAUUGCAAAGCAUGUUCUACUAGUCCAGCUAAGUAUGAUUGAUUUCGAAAUAGUUCAGAAGAAGACUAAGCAUGCCAAUAAUGAUGAGAUUUCACUGGUCGAAGUGAAGAUUUUCUACUCUAUUAGUCAUGGACAAUUGGAUUAUACAAGUUGUCCUCCACUUGGAGCUAAAGAAGACAGAUAUAAGGACUUCGUGGAUUUUCACAGAAGCUGCUCAAAGUGCUCUUAUAAACUUUGCCUAGGUUGUUGUGGAAAGAUAGUUGAAGGAAGUGCUUCUCAGGCACCUACGAUCGAUUCCUCUAAGGCUGGUAAGAGAGAAAGGGCGAAGAAGUAUGUCAUCAGCGAACUAGUAGGGAAAAGGAAGAGACUUUCCAUGGGCGAGCAACCAGAUAACUCCUCAUUGUCCACCGUUGCAUCUGAUAACAAGGAGAGCCACUGGAGCAGCAUUUCUUGUCCACCCAAGGAAUCUGGAGGCGUUGGUCUAAUGAUCCCAUCCGUACUGUGGAAGAGGUUGCAUUUAGCAGCGAUCAUCCUCAGCCUACACACACCGCCCAUGGUGCAUCUUCUCUCCUCAAAAACCAAAAGAUGGGUCAUUUUAGUAUUAGUAUGCUAGAAUCGCAAAUAGGUGAGACUUUCUAUGAUAGUUUUCAACAAUCUGUGGAGAAUGCCACAGACAUUGGCAUAAGGACAUAAUAAAAUUUUUGUGAAUUAUAUAUGUAGAGUGCUGUUAGCAAUUAGAAUGAUAAUGUAAGUUCAUGUUUUAAUGA